UGCUGCUCUUCGUCCGCAGCGAGCUGCCCGGCCGCGUCGCCGUGCAGGACGAUCUGGACAACACCGAGCUGCCCUUCUUCACCCUCGAGAUGUCGGGGACCGUGGCUGACAUCUCGCUGGUGCACUGGAAGCAGCAGUGGCUGGAGAACGGCACCCUGUACUUCCACGUCUCCAUGAGCAGCGCCGAGCAGCUCUCCCGGGCCACCCCCCCCAGCCUCCAGGAGCCCUCGGAGAUAGUGGAGGAGCAGAUGCACAUUCUUCAUAUCUCAGUCAUGGGCGGGCUGAUCGCGCUGCUCCUGCUCCUCCUGGUGUUCAUGGUGGCCCUGUACGCCCAGCGGCGCUGGCACAAGCGCCGCCGCAUCCCGCAGAAGAGCGCCAGCACCGAGGCCACCCACGAGAUCCACUACAUCCCCUCGGUGCUGCUGGGCCCCCAGGCCCGCGAGAGCUUCCGCAACUCGCGCCUCCAGGCCCACAACUCCGUCAUCGGGGUGCCCAUCCGAGAGACCCCCAUCCUGGACGACUACGAGGACGAGGAGGAGGAGGAGACCCCGCGGCAGGCAGAGCCCAGCACCAGGGAGGACGAGUUUGGCAGCCAAGUGACACGGACACUGGAGAGCCUGGGUCGGGGCGGGGAGGAGAAACCCGACUACGAAAAGAAAGCUCCCGAGGUGACGCAGGAGACGGUGGAAUCCCUGAUGCAGAAGUUCAAGGAGAGCUUCCGCACCAACACGCCCAUCGAGAUCGGGCAGCUCCAGCCCGCGCUGCGCAGCACGUCCGUGGGGAGACGGAAACGCCGGAGCCGCCCCCGAGGUGGGAUCGGGUUUGGACGUGCCAAAGGAAACUCUGGCUCAGAGGCGGAUGAUGAAACCCAGCUCACCUUCUACACGGAGCAGUAUCGGAGCCGGAGACGAAGCAAAGGUUCCAUGAAGAGCCCUGUCAACAAGACGGCGCUGACCCUGAUCGCGGUCAGCUCCUGCGUGCUGGCCGUGGUCUGUGGCUCGCAGCUCUCCUGCCCGCUGACCGUCAAGGUGACUCUGCACGUACCCGAGCACUUCAUCGCCGACGGCAGCAGCUUCGUUGUGAGUGAGGGGAGCUACUUGGACAUCUCCGACUGGCUUAAUCCAGCCAAGCUGUCCCUGUACUAUCAGAUCAAUGCCACGUCCCCCUGGGUGAGAGACCUCUGUGGACAGAGGACCACUGAUGCCUGUGAGCAGCUCUGUGACCAAGACACAGGAGAGUGCAGCUGCCACGAAGGGUACGCCCCAGACCCCGUCCACCGGCACUUGUGUGUGCGCAGUGACUGGGGACACAGCGAAGGGCCGUGGCCCUACACAACGCUGGAGCGGGGAUAUGACUUGGUCACAGGAGAGCAGGCGCCAGAGAAGAUACUCAGGUCUACCUAUAGUUUGGGUCAAGGGCUGUGGCUUCCAGUCAGUAAGAGCUUCGUAGUGCCCCCUGUGGAGCUUUCCAUCAAUCCUCUUGCCAGCUGCAAGACAGAUGUUCUGGUGACGGAAGAUCCAGCAGAUGUCAGGGAAGAAGCGAUGCUGUCCACCUACUUCGAAACCAUCAAUGACUUGCUCUCCUCCUUCGGGCCGGUCCGGGACUGUUCCCGCAACAACGGCGGCUGCACCCGCAACUUCAAGUGUGUUUCGGAUCGCAAGGUGGACUCCACGGGCUGUGUGUGCCCCGAGGACCUCCGACCCAUGAAGGAUGGCACCGGUUGCUACGACUACUCCAAAGGGAUCGACUGCUCAGAUGGCUUCAACGGGGGCUGUGAGCAGCUCUGUCUCCAGCAGACCCUCCCUCUGCCCCACGACCCCUCGUCCAGCACCAUCUUCAUGUUCUGUGGGUGCGUGGAGGAAUACAAGCUGGCCCCAGAUGGGAAGUCCUGCCUGAUGCUCUCUGACAUCUGCGAGGGCCCCAAGUGCCUGAAGUCGGAUGCCAAGUUCAACGACACCCUUUUUGGGGAGAUGCUUCAUGGCUAUAACAAUAGGACCCAGCAUGUCAACCAAGGCCAGGUGUUCCAAAUGACUUUCAGGGAGAAUAACUUCAUCAAGGACUUCCCACAGCUGGCUGACGGGCUCCUGGUGAUCCCGCUGCCCGUGGAGGAGCAGUGCCGUGGUGUCCUCUCGGAGCCCCUUCCCGACCUCCAGCUUCUCACUGGGGACAUCAAGUACGACGAGGCAAUGGGCUACCCCAUGGUGCAGCACUGGCGGGUCAGGAGCAACCUCUACAGGGUGAAGCUCAGCUCCAUCACCCUCUCUGCAGGCUUUGCAAACAUCCUGAAGAUCCUGAACAAGGACAGCAGCCGGGAGGAGCUGCUCUCCUUCAUCCAGCAGUUUGGCUCCCACUACAUCGCGGAGGCGCUGUACGGCUCCGAGUUCAGCUGCACCAUCCACUUCCCCAGCAAGAAGGUCCAGCAGCAGCUCUGGCUCCAGUACCAGAAAGAAACAACUGAGCUUGGGAACAAGAAGGAGCUGAAAUCCAUGCCCUUCAUCACGUACCUGUCAGGCCUGCUGACGGCACAGAUGCUGUCUGAUGACCACCUCAUCUCCGGUGUGGAGAUUCACUGCAAGGAGAAAGGGCGCUGCCCCUCCACCUGCCACCUGUGCCGGCGCCCCGGGAAGGAGCAGCUCAGCCCCACACCGGUUCUGCUGGAGAUCAACAGGGUGGUGCCUCUGUACGCCCUGAUCCAGGAGAACGACACCAGGGAGGCCUUCAAGGGAGCCCUGAUGAGCUCAUACUGGUGCUCGGGGAAAGGCGAUGUUAUCGAAGACUGGUGCAGGUGCGACCUCAACGCCUUCGAUGAGAACGGACUCCCGAACUGCAGCCCUCUCCCUCCGCCUGUCCUGCGGCUCUCCCCCAACGUGGAGCCCUCCAGCACCGUGGUCAGUCUGGAGUGGCUGGAUGUGCAGCCUGCCAUUGGGACAAAGGUGUCUGACUAUGUCCUGCAGCACAAGAAGGUGGAUGAGUACACGGACACAGACCUCUACACAGGCCUCUAAUGCCAGAUGACUUGAUUCCUGCAAAUACUUUGUGUAGGUUUGCAGAGGUGCUGACUGCUACAGCUCUCAAAGGCUUCACCCAACCAAAAAUCCUGCCCUGGGUGUCCCCACCAUCAUCCACCCAUCCUGCUGCACCAAAACUCAUCCCAUCUGAGCAGCAUCCACAAAAACAGUAACUCAACCCCAGAGGGGGAAUCUUUGGGAGGUGGCAUGUGGGAUUUGAAAUUUGGAUGGCUUUUAAUGGAUGUUGGCACAUUGUCCUUCCCCCUCAGUCUCUCAGCUGCUGGCAGGGAGGAGCAGGUUGCUCCUGGUGCUGGGAGGUUCAUCACAGGUGUUGGCAGUGUGGCAGCUCUGGGCUGGGGGAUCCAGCAAGGCUGGAGAGCUCUUGAGGCUGCUGCCAUUCAUCCCUUGGAUCUCUUGAGUUUAAAUGAGUGAGUUAUUUGUGCUUGGACAGUGGUUUUGUUUGCUUUGUUGCAUUUGUAGCCAUUUCUUAUU